CUCCACCCUCUCUGAUCUGAGCUCUACGGCUCUUCCUUUCCCUGCGGUGAUACCGGAGCUCUCUGCUCCCACCUCCCAGUACCAGCCGACCUGUUUUUUUUUCGUUUGUUUGGGGGUGGGUGGAUGUGGGGGAGGGAUCGUUUCUCGGUUCUUCUGGACGAUUUGUGGUGGAUCUGGCUGGUUCCUUGGUUGCUCGGCUGGUCUUUUGAGUUGAUACGGUGCUGGGAUUUGUAGGCGCAUUUCUGGGUGGAGGUGGCCGGUGGGGUAAUGGCUCCAGCAUGUGAUCCUUGCUAAGGCCUUACAGUUACAGCACACUGCAUGCCGGAUUUGUGUUGCUUUAUUUAUGUUCCUGCCCGUGUAAUCGUUUUGAACUCAAGGGGAGAACUAGUGACCUACUGAUGAGAUUAAGAUGCAGCACUGUUUUUGCUAGCGGGAGGCCUAUCUGCAGAACUAACUAGUCAUGUCUGAGGCCCUCAGCACAUAUACUCUGGUUGCAUGAAGGAUUCUUAGAAUUCAGAGGGCGCUACCGAGUUGAUGCAUGUACGAACUGAAAAACAAGAGUAAAGAAUUUCCGUGAGAUGAGACAGAAUGGCGCGGUGAUGAUUCAGUUUGGCCAUCAGAUGCCUGAUUACGACUCCCCGGCUACCCAGUCAACCAGUGAGACGAGCCAUCAAGAAGCGUCUGGAAUGAGCGAAGGGAGCCUCAACGAGCAUAAUAAUGACCAUUCAGGCAACCUUGAUGGGUACUCGAAGAGUGACGAAAACAAGAUGAUGUCAGCGUUAUCCCUGGGCAAUCCGGAAACAGCUUACGCACAUAAUCCGAAGCCUGACCGUACUCAGUCCUUCGCCAUAUCAUACCCAUAUGCCGAUCCAUACUACGGUGGCGCGGUGGCAGCAGCUUAUGGCCCGCAUGCUAUCAUGCACCCUCAGCUGGUUGGCAUGGUUCCGUCCUCUCGAGUGCCACUGCCGAUCGAGCCAGCCGCUGAAGAGCCCAUCUAUGUCAACGCGAAGCAGUACCACGCUAUUCUCCGGAGGAGACAGCUCCGUGCAAAGCUAGAGGCGGAAAACAAGCUCGUGAAAAGCCGCAAGCCGUACCUCCACGAGUCUCGGCACCUGCACGCGAUGAAGAGAGCUCGGGGAACAGGCGGGCGGUUCCUGAACACGAAGCAGCAGCCGGAGUCCCCCGGCAGCGGCGGCUCCUCGGACGCGCAACGCGUGCCCGCGACCGCGAGCGGCGGCCUGUUCACGAAGCAUGAGCACAGCCUGCCGCCCGGCGGUCGCCACCACUAUCACGCGAGAGGGGGCGGUGAGUAGGGAGCCCCGACACUGGCAACUCAUCCUUGGCUUAUCAGCGAUUCGACUCGGCUCUCCCUCGUCUGAAACUGAACUCUCUGCAACUACUGUAACUGUAACUAAACUGGGUGUGCCCGGAUUGGCGGUCGUUCUGUUCUACUACUAGUACCUGCUACGCGUCGUUGGGUUGGGUCUGGACUAGAGAGCGUGCUGGUUCUUUGAUGAACUUGGCUGGACUUGAGGGUGUUGACUAGCGCGAAGCUGAGUUCCAUGUAAAACUUUUGCUUCAAGACCGAUGACUGGCGGCAUAAUAAGUAGCAGUAAUAACCAUUCUUCUGUGUC